AUGGGAAAUUUCUGUCAAGACCAGACAUCACCCGAGAACCUCUCAAACGUCAUGUCCUCCAACAGCACAAGCAGCUACGGUUGCUAUGAAGGGGAAGAUGCUUUCACCUUUUACGUGGUGGCUCUGUCAGUUUCUUGCAUUGGUCUUCCUCUGACUCUUCUGGCCAUCUUCGCUCUGUACUCUCUGGUGCAAAAAGAUCAUGUUGCCGGAAUUUAUGUCAUCAACCUUUUAAUUGCUGAUCUCAUCCAGAUCUGCUGCUUUAUCAUAAAAGUAGCCAUAAAUAAUAAGGAGAUUUGCAAUGUUCUCCGCUGCAUCAUACACUCCACUGCUGUGGAAGUUAGCAUCUGCUUCAUGGUGGUUAUUUCAUUGGAAAGGUACUUGGUCGUCGCCUGGCCGCUGUGGUACAGAUUCAGACGAAGCAUCAAGACGUCUUUGAUUGUCUGCUUUGUGGUCUGGAUGCUUCCUCUUUUGAACCUCCUUAUGUAUUUUUAUGGUGGUGAUCAUAUGGAAACCACCGUUGCGUGUUUUCUUCUCGUUCCUUUCCCUCUGCUCAUCUUCUUCCUGUGUGGGACUCUCAAAGCCUUAUCUGCAACGCGCAGCGUCCCCACCGAGGAAAAACGACAAAUCGUUGCAAUUCUAGUCUUGGUUUUUCUCAUUUACACUCUGAUGUUUUUGCCACGCGUCAUCUAUUCCUUGGCCAAAAACUUCAGACAAGAUCCCAUAUUUGAAAUUGUGACCAUAACUCCGGUUUACUUCAGUCCUUUGGCUGACCUCAUGCUGUAUGUCUUCAUGAGAAAGGGGAUCGCAGAUAAACUUUUGGCCUCUCUGUGUUGUAAAGUUGAGUGCAAUGAUACGGGCCAGUCGGCAGUUCAUAGUGUUAGCAAAAACUCAGGCAGUCCCAUGCAGACAGAGAGGGAGGAGCUAGAGAAAAGGUCCGAAAAAGUAUAA